CGAGUGCGGAAGCGUCCUUAGAAGUCAGCCGGAGAGAGGCGGACGGCUGCCCUGCUGCUGUGCCCCACAUUCACGUUCUGUCCAUGAUCCUUCCAAGUACGGCCAUGGGAGGGAGGGAGAAGGAAUUAGAAAUACAUUUUACCCCGGGGAACGUGGAGUUAGUGGAGGAAAAUGUAUACGUGCCAUUCAGGCGUGUUUUAGUCACUGGAGCCACUGGGCUGCUCGGGCGAGCUGUGUACAAGGAAUUCCACGACAAUGACUGGCACACCAUUGGAUGUGGACACAAACGUGCCAGACCCAAAUUUGAGAAGUGCAACUUGUUGGACCCACUGGCCAUUCGACAGCUGAUUCAAGAAUUCCAGCCUCAUGUUAUAAUUCAUUGUGCUGCAGAAAGGAGGCCGGAUGUGGUGGAAAAUCAGAUGGAUGCUGCCACACAGUUGAAUGUUGUCGCAUCUGCAAAUCUGGCAAAAGAAGCUGGUAACUUUAACCUUUUUAAUAAAGAGUUUUCCAUUGAUGUACUUCGUUAUAAAUCACAUAAGUAGUGAGAGGGACAUGUAUUAGUGAAUAUAAGAAGCCUACAUCUGAUUGCAUUAGCUAUUACUCUGGGAUAUGCUCUGUACAUUAGGAAUGAUUUGCUGGAUUGCCAUAUUACUAUAGCAGAACCCCAGACAUCCAAGGUAAUGUGGACCGAUGCUACCUCGGAUAGCUGAAAACUCAGAAAAAAUGGGGGGCCGCUGUAGUGGCAAUUCUGUGCAUAGAAGGUGGGAUCUGACGCAGAGAGAGAUCAGCUGACAUUACCAGGGAAGCACACCACUUACAUUUUGUUCAGAGAUGGGAUCUCUGGAGGUCUUCAUUUGGGUCACCACUGGCAGUUCACCUCAACGCAAGCCUUCAAACUAAAAUGCAUUGUGGUGCAAGUCCACAGCAAUUCAACUGGCAAUAAGGAUGGGUUUUGUACCAUGGAUGGGUGGAGUGUAGUGGCAACACCGUGUGAAGAAGGUGGAGACUGACACAGAGAGAGAGAUCAGCUGAUGUCACAAGGGCCAUGCCCACACCUAGGAAAUUCUGGGCCCCAGGCAGCUGACAGAAUUCGGGCCCCUUUCGUGUUUCAAAUAUGUGCGUAUGAAAAAAAAAAAAAACUCUAAAAAGGGCGGUCCCCUAUCUAGCUCGGGCCCCUGACAAGUGUCAUGGUCGUCCCCCAAAGGUGCGGGCCUGCAAGGGAAACGCUCCGGUCGGCUGAUGAAUGGAGGUCUCCAUUUGCCUCUGAGCCAGAGAACAUGAGCUUAGUUUCCCACCAGCAGUUCAACACAUCACUUUGAAUUAGAACAUUAGAGCAAUCUAGACGAGAACAGGCCAUUCAGCCCAGCAAAGCUCGCCAGUCCUAUCCACUU